CCUGGAAGUCCCUCCCCUUCCCCUCCCCCCUUUGCCGCUCUGUGGCAUCCCCCCUCCCUCUACCCUUUCCUACUUUGAUAACCUGGCUAUGACUAGCAGAAGUACAGCCAGGCCCAAUGGGCAGCCCCAGGCCAGCAAAAUAUGCCAGUUCAAACUGGUCCUGCUGGGAGAAUCUGCAGUGGGGAAAUCCAGCCUGGUGCUGCGUUUCGUCAAAGGGCAGUUCCAUGAGUACCAGGAGAGCACCAUUGGAGCGGCCUUCCUGACCCAAUCUGUGUGUCUAGAUGACACAACAGUCAAGUUUGAAAUCUGGGACACCGCUGGGCAGGAGCGAUACCACAGCCUAGCCCCCAUGUACUACAGGGGUGCCCAGGCUGCAAUUGUGGUUUAUGAUAUUACUAAUCAGGAGACAUUUGCCCGGGCAAAGACAUGGGUAAAGGAACUACAGCGGCAAGCCAGCCCCAGCAUUGUCAUCGCUCUGGCAGGGAACAAAGCUGACCUUGCCAACAAGCGGAUGGUGGAGUAUGAAGAAGCGCAGGCAUACGCAGACGACAACAGCUUGCUAUUUAUGGAGACUUCAGCCAAGACUGCUAUGAACGUGAAUGACCUCUUCCUGGCAAUAGCAAAGAAGUUGCCAAAGAGUGAACCCCAGAAUCUGGGGGGUGCAGCCGGCCGGAGUCGGGGUGUGGAUCUCCAUGAGCAGUCUCAGCAGAACAAGAGCCAGUGCUGUAGCAACUGAGGGUGGCUGGCAGCAAACAUGUGGAGUUAGCACGAGAGCUAAGACAUAACCUCCAUCCCCACCCUCAGCACACAGCCCCUACGGUAACAGCACACUGAGCCCUGGCUCCCAAGGGCUGCCUCCUGACAGCUCCGUCAUGGCACUUUUUAACGCUUCAGCAACCAACACCAGGCAGCUGUUGCCACUACUACACCCUACUCUGGGGUUUGGGGUCAAAUCUCCCAGGACCUUCCUUCCAAAACAAACUUUCUUCACUUCGUAUUCUAGGUGCAAGACAGUGACCUCCUCAUUGUUACCCCCACCGUAUCCCUUCCCAGGGUUUAAGGGAAGACUUGUCUCCUGCCUCUUCCCUCUUCCACCUCUCAUCACUCCCUGUUCUUGAUCCUGCUUCCUCCUCUUCCCAAGAUGAUGAAAGGUAUAUCCAGGGACGGAAAAAGGAGACAAUGUAAUUUUAGUUACAUUGAGGACCCUGCAGGGGCAGUAAGGCUCAGAGCAGGAGGGAGUAAGGAAACAUUUCUUUUUGUUUUAUUUAUCUGGUAGGAGUUUCUUGUCUAUGAAACACUGCAGCACCCAUGAGUUGGACUUGUGGAGGGUGUUCCUAGGUAGGAGUGAGAAUAGGGAGGCAAGCUCAAAGGCACCGUAUAUGGGAGGGAGUUGUGUUAGCUAACUGGAUAAAGGUUGAGGUGCAGUGUCAUCUGUGGCUCUGGAACUCAUCCCAAGGCUUUUUCCCUCACCGGCCUCUUAGGUAGUUCUCCCCACCCACCCACCCCCACUCCAGUGUGGGGAUUGGACCUCAGAGUGCUCCAAAGAAUCUUCACUGGUUGCCUGCACCUUUAGCUCUGCUGUUAUCUAAUUGGAGGAGGUACCAGUUUCUGAUACCCAUCCUCUUGUUUAUACAUAGGCAUUUCCUGUACCCUGGCCUUGAGAUGGCCUUAGCCCCGGACGCCAUGCCCCUGCCGUUUGCACUUUAAUUGAUGGUAGUUCAGUCAGGAUACAUGUUUAUUAGGGUUUUGAUUGAUUUACCUACCCUUCAACCUUCUUAGUUAAAUGGAAUUUACAAUAUGUGAGGUUUGGGAGGCACUAUAGAAAACAGUAAGAGUAGCAGCUACUCCAGCCCAGUGUCCACUGCUAGCCUCCUGACUGAUUCGUGCCUCUAUUCCUGGGUAUAGGUUUGUCUGAGCAGCUGGGGAGUGGCCUGGAAUAGCAUGGGCCAUGGCAGUAGAGUGAAGAGGGAUCAGGCCAAGGGAGUGUUCCGUCUUCCCAGGGCUCACGUUCAGCUUGCUGUAUUUUACCAUGUCUUUUCUACUUCCCUGUAAAUACUUAGUCUUUAUUCUCACUGUACAGUCUCUUCUGUCUCCUGUCGCCCCUUUCUUUCCUCUUUUGUUGCUACUUUGAGUUUAGUUCCUCCCUCCCUCCCCUCCCCUUUACUCUUUCUUAAUCCAUGUACCACUAGGGGCUCCUGCCACAGAGGCCGCUUGUCCUAGGACAGGCGGGCACAGCUAGAACUGAAGGUGUCUCACAACAGCUGCCUUGUGUCAUCAGAGGGCUUUGGUCCUUCCCGAGCCUACACCCCUCAGUAGGUAUUUUAGGGUGACUGUGGGAAGCCAUUGAUGCAAGAGGGAACUCAGUUCUUUUGGGUGUUAGCCAGAAUUUUGGGGAAAUUUGCAGAAGAAAGGAAAGCCCACAGUAACCUAGAGUUAGAACCUUUCUGUCCCUUUGGCUUACAGGCCGCCUUUUGUUCCAGAGCAGCUGAGGAAUCCAUGCCGCCAAGACUCUCAAGGCCCUAGCUUAGGUUCUUCCACUUAGGCCUCAAUUCUCGUCCUUUUCCAGGGGCAGCCUUAGCUCUCAUGGCCCUGAAACACACAUUUGUUUCCAACUAUGCUUCCCUAGAACCCGUUAGUCCUCCAAAGCAUCCAGGUGCAUCCUUUUUAUAAGUUGAAAACCUAGGGAGACUUAAUUCCUUCUCUGCAGUUUCCAAGGGACAAAAAUGAAGAUGUUUUAUUGCCUAGGGGCUGGGAAACCAUUUCCCUAGGGUUUUUCCCUCCCCCCUCCCCCUCCCCCUCUCCCCCUC